AAUUAGUAAACAUAACCUUAGUUUACAAUAAAUAGUGGAGUUAUGUGCACUUACGUUUUAUAGCUGCGAUGCCUUUCAAGAGACAGGUAUCUGCAAAGGUCUUUAAGGCCAUACAGACUGUGAAUAUUGAAGAGUUGGCGAAAUGUUCAGAGGUGGAAAUAAGACCAGUUUUACCAUGUUUAGUGAGGAUGAGUUUAAUUUCACCUUUGGACACUUCAAAGAAAUGUUCCAAGCAGAAAAUCGACAUACUAACCAUAAUAUCAGGCAUAGAAUGGGUGAAUUCCAUUGUGGCUUUGCUCUCCAUAAAUUUUCACGUGUUGGAAGCUGAUGUUAAAAAAGAGCAAACUUUGAGACAAAAGGUUGGAGGAAAUCAUAGUGAAUCAGCCUUAAUUGGGAGUUUACCAAAUGGUCUGGCUUUAGAAUAUGAAAGAUCUGACAUGACCAGAAGAUUAAGAUUGGUCCUGAGUGAGCUAUUGUUUAUACAAUCUCAAUAUCAAGAUUCCGAGCAGGAUCAAGAUUUCUUCAUGAAACCAUCAGAGCUGUUUGAUAAUGAAAUAUACAUUGAGGAAAUUUCUGAUGUGAUUUGCAUUGCAUUGGCUGAGCUGCCAACAUUGUUGACAGUUUUAGGAAUUGUUGAGACUUUGCUUCAUGUAUCAAAUGGAUCUGCCAUCAUUUGCAGAAUCGUCGCGAACUUUCCAGACUGCUUUAGAGAAGUUUGUACACAAUUGAUUUCUCGUGGCGAGAAGCAAGAAGAGAAUUUAUCCAGCGCUGUUAGAGCAGCCACAAUUUCGAUGCUCUGUAGGAUGAAUCCAGCUCAAGCGUUAGCUGUUAGAGGCAAAUGCGUGGAAUUAUGCAGGAUGCCUGCAUUGGCUGUUACUCUGUCCUUAUCAUCAGAUUAUACGUGCGAAUCAGAUAUGGUCGCCUUUAUUUCUGGUUUACUGCUUGGCAAUGAUCAAGCGGUAAGGAAUUGGUUUGCUAUGUUUAUAAGGACUGGACAGAAAAAGAAAGGCGAAGUGAGUAGCAACGCGCUUCAGCAAUUGAGAGAUGAACUGCAGAGACGGCUACAAGCUAUCUUGAACGAAUCAUCAGGAGGACAACUUCCUGAUGGUUUGGUUGUUCAGGCUUCAGCUUUGCUGAGACUUUAUUGCGCCUUGCGUGGAAUAGCUACAAUUAAGUUUCAAGAUGAAGAGGUAAUUCUACUUGUGCAAUUAUUGACGUCCCAUCCAUCGCCAACACCUGCAGGCGUUAGAUUCGUUUCUAUAGGUUUAUGUAUGCUUAUAGCAUGUCCUUCGUUGAUUUCGAUUACUGAACACGAAAGAAGGAGCAUCGAAUGGGUACAAUGGUUGGUUAGAGAGGAAGCUUAUUUUGAAUCGGCGAGUGGAGUGUCCGCGUCUUUCGGCGAAAUGUUGCUCCUGAUGGCCAUUCACUUCCACAGCAAUCAGCUGAGUGCUAUAUGUGAUCUAGUUUGCUCCACUUUGGGUAUGAAGAUUCCGAUUAGGCACAACAACAUGACCCGCAUGAAACAGGUUUUCACGCAAGAGAUUUUCACGGAGCAAAUAGUGACAACACAUGCGGUCAAGGUGCCGGUCACAGUUUCACUGAAUGCAAACAUGACGGGUUUCCUUCCAGUUCACUGCAUUCACCAACUAUUAAAGUCGAGGGCUUUCGCCAAACACAAUGUCAACAUCAAGAACUGGAUCUACAGACAGAUAUGCGUAGCAACUAAUCCGCUCCAUCCAGUUCUUCCUUUGCUUGUCGAAGUAUACGUAAAUUCCAUCAUCCUUCCCAACAAUCGGAGUGCAGAGCAAUCCAAUAAACCGCUGAGCGAAAACGAGAUUCGCCGAGUUUUCCAAAGCUCGAUCUUCGGUAGAUACUUCAACAAGAAGAGCUGUCAAUUCGGUAUGACCGAUAACGAAGUACAAGAUGUUAAUAUUUCCGAAGUCACCUUAACACCGCAAUUGCUACUGCUCUACUAUCUUCUUCUCUACGAGGAUACUCGUUUGACUAACGCCAAAGAUCUGGUAAGCUCCGGACGGAAAAUUAAGACUUAUUCCGUGGAAUUCUUCUCGGAACUUCCCAUCAAGUAUCUGCUGCAUCACGCACAGAAGGAUCAGAGCUCUUAUUCGAGUCUGUUCGGGCCACUUCUCAAAUUAUUGGCAACGCAUUUCCCGCAUUUGACUCUAGUCGAUGACUGGGUCGAUGAUAUGUCUUUCAAAACUACAAACCGAGAUUCGUUUAUUAGCGAAAGCGAAUUGCUCGAAGCUUUGAACGGCAUCGAAGCUAAUCCUUCGAGAUGCGCAAAGGUGUUCCAAACUUUGCUAACUAUCGAAGCUAUCGAUAUUUGGCCUUACGCUGAGAUUAUAACGCAGUAUUCUAAGAAUAUGUUGGGUUUGCAAGUGCCUCGGUAUCUGCAGGAUUUGUACAAGGAUGUUUGGUUCAAGUUAAAUACGGUUUUACCGCGCAGACUAUGGGUUUUGACUGUGAAGAAUCUUGUUGGUAAUUUGACUGGGUUAACAAGAAUAGACGUAGCAGAGGAUCCACUACAGAUUAUGCGAUGCGACGAACGCGUCUUCAGAUGCUCUCCAAUAUUUUCUAUUGUGUUGAGAGUUUUGAGAGCAAGUUUAGCAUCAUCUCGUAGUCAGCUUACACAGCAUCUUCAAUCCAAUCCGAAAUUGGAUCCUUCUGGGCAAGUGAUUACUGGUGACAAUGAAAGGGAGGAGAUGUGUAGAGCGUUAGUUGCUGCACAGGAUAGUGCCGCUGUGCAGAUGCUUUUGGAAGCGUGCUUAGAAACAGAAGAGGACAAGAAUUCGAGGGCGGCAAAAUGGGCGUUGCAAGAGGUUCGUUCAUUGGUUUGCUGUUACCUCCAUCAAGUGUUCAUAGCGGAUCCCACUUUGGCGAAAUUGGUGCAUUUCCAAGGUUAUCCUGCUGAGCUACUAGAAGUGACUGUGAAAGGUGUACCAUCAAUGCACAUAUGUUCGGACUUCCUGCAGGAAUUGCUGCAACAGCCGAGUCUCAAGAAACAAGUGUUUUCCAUACAACUGCUCUCGCAUUUAUGUGUUCAGUAUUCCCUUCCGAAGAGUUUAAAUCUCUGCGUCAUCGCUCUCAACAGAUUAUACGCUCUACUUGGAAGUAUUUCCUCAUCGCAAAGGAUCAAACUGUUCAAGCCAGUGUUACCAGCUUUGGUGAGGUUCAGCACAGCUUUUCCACCUUUGGCUGAAGAAAUCGUGCAGCUUCUGCUGCAACUGGCGAAGAUCUGCGAGUCGCAAGCGUCGUUGAGCUCGCACAUCGACGUGCAUCUAAGUCGCAGCGAAGAAUCAAUUGCUAGGGAUAGCGAAGAAUUAAGAAACUUGACACACACCACCUAUCUUCAAAUCUUGGACGACUCAGUGCUAAGUACAGAAAUCUAUAAUUAAGCAUCUUCUCUAAUAACAAAAAAAAUAAAUACAUUUAACUAUCA